GUUUGUAUGUGGUGCUGAGGAUCCAACCGGGACGCACGCAUGCCAGGCGAGCGCGCUACUGCUUGAGCCACAUCCCCAGCCCCCCACCGGGGUGAACUUUGACGGAGCCUUGCACUCAAACCUGAGAACAUUAAUUCUAUGCCAGACGUACAAUUCUGCUUGGGCAGACCUGACUGGGGAUGAGGGUGAUAGUGGGCAAGAAGGGAGCAGCACAGGGAUGCAAUUCCGAAAGGGCCCGCAUCCUCAAGGUGUACCGAGUCUACAGUGGGCAUGUCAUGAGGGCUUCGGGACCGCUUUCAGUCUCGCGCCUUGAGCAUGUGGGACCGAGUGGCUUGGGGAAACUAAGGUCUCUGUAAGAACAAGAGGGUUUAGUGGCGUGGACAGACCCGGAGACAGCUUGUGAACACAAGAGGGCGCCCUGCAGCAUGGCCGGGUCCCCGCCUGGAACCCAGCCCGGGUCCCAGCCCCUGUUCCCGCCCCCGCCCUGGAGUCAACCUCUUCCCUGUUUUCCUCCCCAUCCGCUGCGGGCACUCUGCUUGCCUCCGGUGUGCGCGAGACUACGCCGCUCCCCAGGUACCCAACUUGCAAGCUCGACGCACUCUUUCUCUCUCUGGCACUUCAGAACAGCAGCAGCAGAAAUGGCAAGUGUGGAGCAGCGAGAGGGCACCAUCCAGGUGCAGGGCCAGAGCCUCUUUUUCCGGGAGGCACAGCCUGGAAGUGGGCAGGCCACUGGCUUCUCUGUGCUGCUAUUGCAUGGUAUCCGCUUCUCCUCUGAAACCUGGAAGAACCUUGGUACACUGCACAGGCUGGCUCAGGCUGGCUACCGGGCUGUGGCCAUUGAUCUGCCAGGUCUGGGCCACUCCAAGGAAGCCGCAGCCCCUGCUCCUGUUGGUGAGCUGGUUCCUGGUAGCUUCCUGAAGGCUGUUGUGGAUGCCUUGGAGUUGGGCCCCCCAGUUGUGAUCAGUCCAUCAUUAAGUGGCAUGUACUCCCUGCCGUUCCUCAUGGCCCCUGGCUCCCAGCUCCGGGGCUAUGUGCCAGUGGCCCCCAUCUGUACUGACAAAAUCAGUGCUGCCGACUAUGCCAAUGUGAAGACUCCGGUCCUAAUCGUAUAUGGAGACCAGGACCCCAUGGGUCACACCAGCUUUGAGCACCUGAAGCAGCUGCCCAACCACCGUGUGUUAGUUAUGGAGGGGGCUGGGCACCCCUGUUACCUGGAUAAGCCUGAGGAGUGGCAUGCAGGGCUGCUGGACUUCCUGCAGGGGCUAGCAUGAGGCUCAGCCUUGCAGAUGGGGGUGGACUGCCUUCCUGCCUGCCUUGGGAAUCUCUCUCUUCUCCUACAUGGGCUCUGGCUUAUGCACAUGCAACAGGUUUGUCUGUCUAUAAGUCUAUAUGGAGUCUUGUCUUUUGGGGUCUGUCUGCCUUUUUUUCUGCUUUCUCUUGCAGUGACAGAUUGAGAAGGUAAAAUCAAGAGGGGGAAAAAAACCCUCAGGAAUUGAAGAACAUAACCUGGUGGAGGGUAAUUGAUGAGUUUCUCCUACAGGCUUUUCUGCUUGGCCUUAACUCCUUACUCUGCCCAGCCCUCCCCUGCCCUCCCCUCCCCUGCCCUCUCCUCCCCUCCACCUCCACCUCCUUCUUUAAGCCCUACAGGCCAGCCACUCCCUCCUCCACUUCUCUAGCCCUCUUAGGCCACUUGCAUGCUUACACAUUUGAGUCUAUGUUCCCAAAGGUCCUAACCUUUCACCUGGGAGCCAAACCAUACAGGUGUAUGUAACUCGACUGUCAUGCACAUUCUCAUGUACAGUGUGCAUUGCAUGCAUAUAACACAAGUGCUUACACAUGUACACUUCCACACAUGCAGACCUCACUGGGGACCUCACACGCCAUCCCUUGCUGGUGACUCUCUUGCUCAGGAUGUGGCCAGCCCGAGGCUCCACCCAUUGGUUGCAACUGGUCCCAGCCCAGAAUUGCCCCCUUCCUUCUGGGCGUUCCACACUUUCCCAGGUUAUCAGGCCUGGGUCUUCUCAGCUAAGCUUGUUUCCUGCCCUGAGGUUUGGGGGUUGGGGGAGGAAGAUGGAUUGUAAAGGUCGGUGAAAUAAAGUGCUGCAAUUAGA